AAUAGCCGCACGGUGGCAAAGUGUCGCUGGACGGUAAUGUGUCCGGAAAUUAUACCAGUUCUUCAAAAUUCGGUUUGACUUGGCUCUCAGUGGUCGCUGUGCCUCGUCGUGCAGCGUUAUACAGAAUUGUCUCGUUAUGGCUGAUAUGGGCCUAAGCCUGGACGAUAUAAUCAAAAAGUCGAAAUCGUCGUCGGGGAUGCGCGGCAGAGGAGGGAUACGCCGGGGCGUCAACAGAGGUGGAUCGCGGGCGAACGGCUCCGUACGGGGUCGCGGCUCGCACGCGACGAUCACCGACGCGCGGUUCAAGAUAAUACAGAAGAAUCGGGAGAAGCUGACCGACGCCAGGGACAAGCUCGCCGAGAUAGCGAAGCAGAGCGACGCGCGGCUCAAGUUGGACAAGAUACGCGCGUUGCACUACAAGAAGAUCGACGCCCAGCUGCCCCAGCUGUCGGGGAUCUCGCGGAAGACCGGCCGGAAUGGUAGACUCUCGUUGUCGACGAACAAGGUGACGUCGCUGAUGCAGCAUGUCCUACCGCCGAGUAUGCCGAACAAUUACAUGCCGCCUCCCACGAGAGCGGUCGGAUACAGACCGCCCCUCUCCGAGCCUCAUUACUUAGGGGACAUGAGUAUGGAUUAUACUGAUGAUUAUCUGACGGAGUCCCCUUCAUUGAGGAGGACCGUGAGUAACGAGUACGCGCCAACACCCCCACCUCCACCUCCUGUGUUCAGUAUUAAUCCGAUUUCUCCGUACACCUGGGUAAAGUCUAGGAACGCUAACGUAACUAGGAUUCCGGCACGAAAGUCCGAGCUGGAGAAGGAACGAGAGAGGCAAAGAGAUUACAAGCUUGCCGCGCGUUCUGCGAUGGUAAAAACUGUUUCACCUCCUUAUAAAGAAGACUGGAGUUUUGGCACAAAAUCAAGAACAAUUGUAGCAGAAGAAACUGCAGAUUCCAAGUACUACGAUUCCAGAAAUCUUCGAGAGGUAGGAGUCAAAUCGCGUCUCGAUUCCUCUGCGAAUAAGGCAAGAACGAUGGGCGUUCUGUCGCGGCCGAAGGCGAGCUCCAGCUCGUCGGCGCAGUCGAACGGCUAUCGAAUUGUAGUAUCCAACUUGCAAGCCAACGUCACGCAGGAAGAUAUCAAGGAAUUAUUCGAAGACGUCGGAGAACUGCUCGUGUCGAGACUAGUACGUCCAGGUACGGCGGAGGUAAUCUACAAAACACUGAAGGACGCGACUAAAGCAGUUGAAACUUAUCACAAUCGACAGUUAGACGGCCAUCCAAUGAAAUGUCUUCUUGUUAAUCCACGACCAAAAAAUAAUCCGACUGGGCCAGCCGUUCGAUCUCUUACAGAGUCGAGACGUAGUAUCAGCUCGAGUUAUGUACAACCAAGUUUAGGAGCGGUGCAUCGCGCAUUAUUCGACGAUUCUUAAUCGAAUCUUAAAACGUAUCCAUUUUGAUAUAAGAAAGGAUGAAGAAAAAAAAAAGAAAUGUCUUGUAUUUAUGUGUAACGGACAUUAUUGCAGAUUAUUCUUAAGAAAGCGAAUGGAGUAACGACAAGACGCAAAGUGCUCACCUCCUCCCAUAUGCGCGACUCCAAUUCUCAGCUGUAAUUGUAUUAAUAAACUUAUACCGGACUCAUUAUCCGUAGUUUACAUGGUCUGUACGGCCAUCAGUAACACUGAAACGCUCGUGAAUUAUUUUCAUGAAUUAUUUUUAGACGUCUCAUCCUCUUAUACUUCAUGCACUUUUUUUUAGUUGCAACUUCCUUAUUCUUACAUCUUACAUACUUCGAAUGUAAUAAGUUAUACAUGAGGGAAUCCCUGAAAUAUUGGAGGUCGCGGACCUUAUCCUUCGGUAUUGAAGAUAAUAGAAAAAGUUCAGGCGUUCUGGUGUUAAAAUAUAGAGAGAAACCUAUUUAAAAUACAAUAUGCGGAACCGCGAUUAAUAUCAGGUGCAAGAUGCUUGUACAUUUAAUAUGUCCGAAUAAAAUGGUACUCAUA